AUGUCGCCUUUUUCCAGCACUCGAUUUCAUUCGAUAGCUACUGGUUCUUUCGCCAUGGCCUCUACGUGUCCCGCCGGCUCGAUCGUCAAGGAGAAAUAUGAGCGUCUGCCCGACUAUGCCGCUCCAACCCACUACAAGAUUCGCCUUGAGCCGGACUUUAGCUCGUUUACCUUCAAAGGCUGCGUUGAAAUCGAUCUCGACGUGUUGAAAGCAACAAAAGUUCUCAAGGCGCAUGCCAAGGACUUGAGCAUUAGUGGGAUCACUUUGAAGCUUGCGAAUGGACAAGAGUUGCCAAACUUGCAGCACACGUAUUCGGAAAAGUCAACAAUGCUUGCGAUCGAUUUACCAAUCGAGGUUACUCCCCAAAAAGUGCAACUCAAGAUCGAUUACAUGGGCGUCCACAACGACAAAAUGCAAGGAUUUUAUCGCUCGAAGUAUCUUCACGAAGGACAGGAGAAAUGGAUUCUUGCUACUCAGUUUGAGUCAACUUAUGCACGGGAGGCUUUCCCGUGCUUCGAUGAGCCUAUGUACAAGGCUACUUACGAUGUGACACUUGUAGUUGACGAUGGUUUGACGGCCUUAAGCAAUGCUCCAGUUCGUGCUGAAUCCAAAGAAGGAAAGAAACAUAUCGUCACCUUCGACACGACUCCAAAGAUGAGUAGCUAUUUGGUUGCCUUCGCUGUUGGGCACUUUGAGUAUCUAGAACAAAAGUCCUCCAAAGGAACCUUGAUUCGAGUCUACACUGUUCCAGGAAAGAAACAUCUUGGUGAAUUUGCUCUUGAGGUGGGAACAAAGUCGAUUGACUGGUAUGCGGAUUGGUUUGGCAUUCCUUAUUCAAUGCCCAAAUGCGAUUUGAUCGCCAUUCCGGAUUUCAGCAUGGGAGCCAUGGAGAACUGGGGUCUUGUCACAUUCCGAGAAAUCGCACUUCUCUUCGAUGCCGAGAAAACUUCAACCAAACAGAAGGCCUACGUCGCGCUUGUGAUUGCUCAUGAAUUAGCGCAUCUGUGGUUCGGCGAUCUGGUCACAAUGAAAUGGUGGACCGAUCUUUGGCUGAAGGAAGGCUUUGCUUCGUUCAUGGAAUACCUCUUUGUUGGCUACAACUACCCGGAGAUGAAAAUUUGGCUGCAUUUCUUGAACGACGAGCUUGCUUCGGGAUUCGAACUUGAUGCAUUAAAAAAUUCGCACCCUAUCGAAGUGCCUAUUGACAACCCAAACGAAUUGGAUGAAAUCUACGAUUCAAUUACCUACGCCAAGUCCAAUUCAGUCAACCGAAUGCUUUGCUUUUACCUCGGUGAAGAGUCUUUCCAGAAAGGACUGCGCAUCUACCUUCAACGCUUCCAAUUUUCAAAUGCAGAAACAAACGACUUGUGGAAAUGUCUUUCGGAGGCUAGCGGAGUGGAUGUGAUGGCCUUGAUGUCGGGUUGGACAAAGCAAAUGGGAUUCCCGGUUGUAGCGGUCUCAAAAGUCUCCGAAGAUGACAAGAAUCUGAAACUUUCCUUCACGCAAAAACGUUUCAUCGCCGACGGAUCUGAAGACUCUGCGGACUCUUUAUGGAAGGUUCCGCUAACAUUCUCCAGCACAAGCUCACCUGAUCAGCCCUUCCAUAGGACCGUGUUGAGCGAACGUUCUAGUGAACAAAGUUUGGCCGUCGCUAAGGGCGAAUGGUUAAAAGUUAACCAAGGAACGACGGGUUUCUACCGUGUGAAAUAUUCCGGCGAGCUGCUCGAGGGACUUCUGAAAGCUGUCGCAAACCAAACUCUUCCCGUUUUGGAUCGCUUUGGAUUGAGCAACGACCUCUUCGCUUUGGCUAAUGCCGGUCAAGUGCCCAUCUCACAAGUGUUGUCAUUCGUGGAGAGCUCGCUGAAAGAAAACGAAUAUUCUGUUUGGAGGACGCUUGAUCUGGGAAUCGUCCGGAUUUCGGAUACUUUGGCCUACUUCGAUUCCGAUGGCGCUCUCAAGAAACGCUUUGAUCGUUAUGUCACCGAUUUGCUUGCUGGUGUUUUGGACCGUGUCGGAUGGGAAGUUGCUGAAAAAGAAGAUGGCCAAGUGAGUCUCCUUCGUGGACUUUUGGUUGGACGACUUUGCAAAUCAGGACAUCAGCCAUCGAUAAACAAGGCUCAGGCAAUGUUCAACGCUUACAUCGAAUCGAAUCAGAAAAUUCACGCGGAUCUUCGCCUUGCAGUCUUUGGUGCUGCAAUUCGAUCAGGAGGAGAUAAGAAAUGUGGAUUCCCCGAGGUUGAACGAGCUGCUCUCAUCGCACUUGGAUUGACUGAUCCGACUUCUGGUCGUCUCGAGAAGUUAUUCGACUACGCCGUGGCUCAGGGAAAAGUUCGCUCACAGGAUCUCAUGCAAAUUUUUGUGGGUCCGGCUGUUUCACGGGAUGGCCAGAAGUUCAUUUGGAACUUCUUCAAGAGCAAUCUCAGCUUGUUGCUCGACAAAUUCGGAGGAGCUAACAGUGGUCUCUUCCAACGGUGCAUGAAGCUUUCUGCUCAAGAAUCUUGCAGCGAAGAGAUGGCCAAAGACGUGGAGACAUUCUUCUGUGGAAAGAUUGAUGCCACAGCUCUCGCUACCUUGGAUCGUCCAAUCAAACAGGUGACCGAGCACAUUCGCAACAACGUGAAGUUCCUCGCCUUCGCCGCGCCUCAAGUGGACGAAUAUCUCAAGAAGAAAGGCUAU